GUGGGUGUUGUUUGAAAAAACAAGCAUAGUGCAGUGAGGAACAAAAUGGCCAUAUUAAUUAGUUCACUUUCAAAAUUUGUGUAUUUUGUAUUGCUGAUUAUUUGCAUUAAUAGUAAAAACGCCGAGUCAGAAACGUCAAAUUUUAAAUUCAUCAACUUUGAGCAAAUUAAAUAUGAUCUUUUUGUCAAGACGGAUACCAUUUCUUCAAUAAAAAACAGUAGUCAUAACUUUAAAGGAACUGUGGAAAAAUGUUUAACCGAUUUAAAAGUAAUUCAAAACGGCCUGAUGAGAGAUGAAUUUUGGGCGAUGAAAUUUUUAGAUUCAUGGGGAAAAAUACCAUCGGGAUUAUUAAAUGGAAACACUCACGACUUUGGCGCUUUUUCACAGUGCCUUCACAUUGAAAGAAAUGACGAAGCAUACGAAACGCAAUAUUGCACAGGCAGAUUGUUUUUCAAUUUAUUAGGAAACUCAACACAAAAAUCAUAUCGAUAUAACAUAAAUAACAUAAUUUUUCCCGAUGUUAUUCAAAUUGAAGAUUUACCAGACUUCGAUAAGCCAUACUUUACAUUCGGAAUUUGUUUACCAGCCUCUUGUCCGCCGCUUGUAUUUGAACCUAUCAUCAAUGAUUUGAUACCAAAAAAUGGACAUAAUGUGUCGAUAAAACUUUCUGAAGGCACGUGCCAAUUACGCGAAAAUGCAUAUGCAUUGAACACAUUAGAUAAAGUUGUGUUAGGUAUAUUGGGUGUAAUUUUAUUUCUUAUUACAUUGAGCACCGGCUACGAUAUUUUCUGUACCUUUAACAAACUUGAAAAGUCACCAAUUCUGUUGGCGUUUUCCUUUUAUACAAACGGAUUAAAAUUAUUUUCCUGCAAAACGAACACAACAUCGAAUACAAUGGAUUGCAUACAUGGCAUUCGAGCUAUAUCAGCACAAUGGGUCGUACUUGGUCACGUAGUUAUGUGCUAUUUAAUGUUGCCAAUUCAAAAUCGAACUGUACAUGAUACGUUUGUUACACAAUAUGAAAGUAUGUUUAUCCUCUCUGCCCCAAUCGCCGUUGAGACGUUCUUUGUACUCAGUGGCCUUUUGGUUUCAAUUAAUUUGCUUGAACAUUUUGAAAAAACCAAAGGAAAGAUAAAUGUCGUUCAAUUUUACAUCCAUCGAUAUGUUCGUCUUACGCCGCUUUUGAUCAUAUCAAUUUUAGUAUCGGUUUGUAGAUUUGCUGGAAAUGGUCCACUUUUGCCAAACAUGUUAAGCAUCACAAGCAAUCAAUGCAAACGCUACUGGUGGUCAACUCUGUUAUAUAUCCAAAAUUACGUGAAUCCAGAGAACUUGUGCUUCGGUUCUUCUUGGUACUUGUCGGUUGAUACACAACUGUAUUGUAUAGCACCAGCUAUCGUAUAUUUGAUUUAUCGAUUUAAGGCAAAAUCAUUGGUUCCACUAUCACUUCUUGUUUUAGCUUGUAUUAUAAUAACUUUGAGGGUUCAUGUGAUGUAUAAUCUUACCACUUUGUUUGCACCUGAAAAGAUGUACCAUGCUUACUAUCCAACACACAUUCGAUUUUCAUCAUGGCUGGUUGGCGUUAUUGCCGGCUAUUUCUUCAAGGAAACUCAGAAUAGAACUAUUCACAUUCCAAAGCGGUGGUCUUAUCAACUCGUUUCUCUCUCAUCGAUUUUGGCAACCUUUGUCAAGGCUUUCAUAUUCAAUUUAUUUAAUACAUUUCCCGAGCAUCUUGAUGGCAAUGGGCACAAUGAAAACAUCGCUCUAUUUUACACUCUCGAAUACUUUAAUUGCUUACAUUGGAAUAACAGUACUAACGAUCUCAAUAUCAAUCAUUACAACUCUGGCAUUUGAAUCACCCAUCUUGGCCAUUGAGAAAUCACUUCUUCAUUCAAAGGUGAGCCAGAAAGUGGAAACCAGACCAACGGAGGAAAAGAAACUAAAUU